GGAGAUUACUCUGCACAGCGUGCAUCGACUGAAAACCACAAAAACCCUAAACCCAGAAAGCCAGCAGGCGGAGAUCGAAGUCAAGCUUCUCCUCGCCGGUCACUCAAUCCUCGGCUGCCCACCUCCAUAUUUUCAUUAGAGUAAGUCUCAGGUCUCUACUAUUGGAGUUCAGUGUUGAACUUGCUGAAAGGACCAAGUUUAUUAAGCUUGCUACCAGUAGCUAUGGGGACUGAAGAGUCUAAGGAUCCAUUGAAAGGAGUGGAUUGGAAAGCGAUAGGCACGGAGCUUCAAAACGACCCAAGUGCUGGAACAAAGCAAGCUGUAAAGAAGCGGCUUCCCAAAAGGAUCAGGCAAAUCCCCGAGAGCUAUUUCCUUCCUAGAAUGUCUUGGCCCUCGGCGAUCGGCUUCUAUGGAGCAUGCAUUGUUGGUGGGGUUAGUGCUGGCAUGCUGGUGGAGAUGUGGAUAAACAAGAAAGUCAAAGGUAGGAUGGAGGAGUGAUAUGGGAGUUUGAUAAAUAGACACAGGAUGGUAGAAUAGCAGUUGCAGGGAGGUGCAUGGAAAGGAAUCUUAACUCUCCAUUAACAGACUAACUGUAAGACGCUUCUUGGAUUAUUGAUUCUUCUUCAAGACAUCUUUAUGCACACACCUCUCGAAGACGAAUUUUCCAGUCUUAGCAUGGAUGACUCGCCCUCAGUAUUUGCAUACGAGGUUUUGUUUCAAACUUCAUCUUCUUGUAUCUGUGAAGCGUGAUAGCAGAUAUAUGUGUUUUUGAGUUGCAUUAAGAAUUAGCUUUCUUCCUUGGAAGACGAGGUUAUAUGUGUUGAGACUUUAGAGAAACUGAGUUGCAAUCUGGUGUUUAAGAAUACAAGUCUUUGAUAAAUGUUGAAGGUUUUAGAGGGGUG